UCGACGACAUCGAUGUCCCUCCACCUCUACGUAAAAUCUAAAUUAAAUAAGUUUUAAACAAUAAUAGUGGAAAUACAACGCAAUUUUUGGGAUGUUCUGCUGCCUACGCACCUGUCUUAAUGGCGGACACAUAAGGAAACCAACGGCAGCGGCCAGUCGCCUUCGGGAGCCCGAUGUUCACCUAGAUGCAGCACAUAUGGGACCCGAUGUGAUCCUGCUGUCGCAUCAGCUGCGGGUAACUGGCACCGGAGGCGUCCUGGCCACAGCUCCUUUGGUCCAGUCGAAGUCCUACUUCGAGGUGAAGAUCCAGCAGGGAGGCAGUUGGUCCGUGGGACUGGCCACCCGCCAAACGGAUCUCAGCCGCAAGAGCGGCGGUGGGGAUCGCGAGUCCUGGUGCCUGUGCUCCGACAAUGCCACGCGCCACAACGACCAGGAGGAGUUCCGACCGGUGGUGCAGGCUGCUUGCACCACCCAACCCUCGAGGUCGGCCAAUGGGAUUCUGAACAAUAGUGCUGCCAAGGCGGCCGGACUCAUUGCCAUCGAGGAUCUGCAGCAGGAGGAUCUGCUGAUGACCACCGGGGUGGCCCCAUCCGAUGUUGGCAUCGGUGAUUCAUUGGUCAUCUCACCGCAGCGUGAUUUUCCCGAUGAGGGUGACAUCGUGGGCGUGGCCUUUGACCAUGUGGAACUGAAUUUCUAUUUCAAUGGAAAGAACCUGGAGGUUCCCUUCCGAAAUGUGCGAGGAGCAGCAUUGUUUCCUGUUAUUUAUGUGGGCAAUGGUGCCAUUCUGGACAUUAUUCUGGACAACUUCUCGCAUGGUCCACCGCCCGGAUUUGAGCGUAUUCUGCUAGAGCAGUCGUUACUGUAGAUAGUCCAUACAAAAGCCUUGAACAAAUUAGCAGCUUGAGAACAAAACAUUGAGGAGAUAAGAAAUAGACAGUGCGUUUUAGGACUAUAAACCAGAAUUUUAUUCCAAAAACAUAAGGUUAGUUAACCACAGGGGGCAAUGUCUAGAAACCUACUUUAUUUAUAUGCAUUUUUGUGUAAAGCUGUUUUUCUCAAGAUAAUUUUUAAAAAUAUUUGCAUUCAAUUUAAAUUGGGUCAACUCGCUAAAUUAUUUAUGUUAAUUAAAAAAAUACGAAAUAUGGUUUUUAUAAAAAGUUGAAUACGCAUUUAUAAUUUAAAUUGUGAAAAACCAUAUUUUUCUGUCUUAUAGUUGUAAAAUGCACUGUUUUACUCAUAUAGACAUCAAGUGUAUAAACUCUGUAACCUCUCUAGUCCUUGCACUCCCCAAACCGAAAUGUAUUUGCUUUAUUUUUAUUAGUAUUUUGUAAAUUAUUGACGUAGCUUAGUCUCGCGCCUGCGUUUGUAUUAUACACAGACAGAUGUAUCUGUAUAGAGAUACAGAAGAACUUUUUUGUAGAUCGCCAACUUCUUACACAUUCCAAUUUACAACGGCAAGGUACUCGAGCACGGAAUUACCUAACUUACUAUAAGACUAUAUCUGUAUAUCCUAACAAACUAUAUCUACAUGUAUCUAAUGCUUUGAAAACUGAUUAAUCCGCGCGCGGACAAUAAAUCAAUGUUAUGUACUUAAAAA